UUGACCGCUGUUUCUGUACUCGAUCACUUCGUCGGGAACGGAGAAGGGACACGAAGGUGGAAAUCAAGCUCGAUACUCUCCGUUUCUGGCGUUAAUUUUCGCUACAUCUGGAGGAUAACAUCUGUCCAGAAAUCGGUGGUAAAUCUGGUCCAAUCUCUCUAUGAAAUUUCUUUUGACUAGGUGAUAGAUUUUCGAAGGGAAACCGACAGGGCGCCGCUGGCCAACAGUGCAAAUGGAUCUUGCACACACGAAAACCGUAGACGAAGUCUGCGCACAUUUCGGAGUUGAUGAUAAAUUUGGUCUCAACGACGAUGCCGUGAAGAAAAAUUUAGAGAAAUAUGGACCCAAUGAAUUACCAGCUGAAGAAGGCAAGCCGCUCUGGGAACUUAUUUUGGAACAGUUUGACGACUUGCUGGUGAAGAUCUUGCUGUUGGCAGCUGUAAUAUCUUUUGUUUUAGCGUGGUUUGAAGAGAGUGAAGAACAGAUCACAGCUUUUGUAGAGCCCUUUGUCAUCCUCACAAUUUUGAUAGCUAAUGCAGUGGUGGGAGUCUGGCAGGAGCGAAAUGCCGAAAGUGCGAUUGAAGCGCUCAAAGAGUAUGAGCCGGAGAUUGCGAAGGUCAUGCGACAAAAUCACCGGGGCGUGCAGCGAAUCAAGGCCAGAGACCUUGUCCCGGGUGAUAUCGUGGAAGUGUCGGUUGGUGACAAAGUACCGGCAGAUAUCCGCCUCGUCCGUAUCCAUUCCACAACCCUUAGAGUUGACCAAGCCAUCCUGACAGGAGAGAGUGUGAGCGUGAUGAAACACACAGAUCCUAUCCCAGACCCGCGAGCUGUCAACCAGGACAAGAAGAAUGUUCUUUUCUCUGGCACAAACAUUGCAGCUGGCAAAUGCAGGGGCGUAGUGAUUGGCACUGGUCUCAAUACAGAAAUUGGUAAAAUUAGAAAUGAAAUGAUGGAUACAGAAACUGAGAAAACACCACUACAGCAGAAACUGGAUGAGUUUGGGGAACAGUUGUCCAAGGUCAUCACUGUGAUCUGUAUUGCUGUUUGGGCCAUCAACAUUGGGCACUUCAAUGAUCCUGCCCAUGGCGGAUCCUGGAUUAGGGGGGCUAUCUACUACUUCAAGAUUGCCGUGGCUUUGGCUGUGGCUGCCAUCCCAGAAGGUCUACCAGCGGUCAUCACCACCUGUCUUGCCCUGGGUACCCGCAGAAUGGCCAAGAAGAAUGCUAUUGUGAGGAGUUUACCGUCAGUGGAGACGCUGGGUUGUACAUCCGUUAUCUGCUCUGACAAGACUGGUACACUCACCACCAAUCAGAUGUCUGUAUGCAAGAUGUUUAUUUUCAAUAAGAUUGAAGGCAACAAUGUUUCAACGCUACAGUUUGAGAUAACGGGCUCGACAUAUGCCCCUGAGGGUGAUGUUUUCCUGAAUGGCAAACAGAUCCGCACUUCUGACUUUACCGGCCUAGAGGAGUUAGCCACCAUUUGCGGCAUGUGUAACGACUCCAGUGUGGAUUUCAAUGAGGCCAAGAAUAUGUACGAGAAAGUGGGUGAGGCAACAGAGACAGCCCUGGUGGUGCUGGUGGAGAAAAUGAAUGUGUACAACACAGACAAGUCGACGCUGAACAAGCGUGAAGUAGGCACUGCCUGCAACCAAGUCGUCCAGAACAUGUGGAGGAAAGAGUUUACACUGGAGUUCUCUCGCGACAGGAAGUCGAUGAGUGUCUACUGCUCGCCCAACAAACCCACCAAGACAGCCUCUGGAGUCAAGAUGUUCUGCAAGGGCGCCCCAGAGGGAAUCCUUGACCGCUGCACCCACGUCCGUGUCGGGAACAGCAAGGUGCCCAUGUCACCCGCCAUCAGGAACGAGAUCAUGAAGCACGUGAGAGUGUACGGAACAGGCCGAGAUACUCUGCGCUGUCUGGCUCUGGCAACCAUUGACAACCCACCACGCAGGGAGGACAUGGAUCUGGAGGAUUCCAGGAAAUUCAUCCAGUAUGAGACAAACAUGACAUUUGUUGGUAUUGUCGGUAUGUUGGAUCCCCCUCGUAUGGAGGUGUUUGAUUCCAUCAUGCGCUGCCGAGAGUCCGGUAUCCGGGUCAUCGUCAUUACUGGUGACAACAAGGCCACAGCUGAAGCUAUCUGCCGUCGUAUUGGCGUGUUCUCCGACAACGAGCCCACAGAGGGACUGUCCUUCACAGGACGUGAAUUUGACGAGUUGUCGCCAGAGGACCAGAGGGCAGCGGUGAUGAGAGCGAGGCUGUUUGCUCGUGUGGAGCCUGCCCACAAGAGUAAGAUUGUGGAAUAUCUUCAAGGAGAAGGCGAGAUCUCUGCCAUGACUGGUGAUGGUGUGAAUGAUGCCCCUGCAUUGAGGAAGGCUGAGAUUGGUAUCGCCAUGGGCUCUGGUACUGCUGUAGCCAAGACUGCCUCUGAGAUGGUGUUGGCAGACGAUAACUUUUCCACAAUCGUGGCCGCCGUGGAGGAGGGGCGUGCCAUCUACAACAACAUGAAGCAGUUCAUCCGCUACCUCAUCUCCUCCAACAUUGGAGAGGUCGUGUGUAUUUUCCUGACGGCUGCACUCGGCAUCCCUGAAGCGUUGAUCCCCGUACAGUUGCUCUGGGUGAACCUGGUGACUGAUGGUUUCCCUGCCACUGCCCUCGGCUUUAACCCUCCUGACCUGGACAUCAUGAAGAGGCCACCAAGGAACCCCAAGGAGGGCCUCAUCUCGGGCUGGCUCUUCUUCAGAUACAUGGCUAUUGGAGUGUACGUGGGGUGUGCCACAGUGGGAGCGGCUGCCUGGUGGUUCAUGGUGUACGAGCAUGGUCCCAAGCUCAACUACUAUCAGCUGACCCACCAAGCUCAGUGUCUGGCACAAGAUGAAAUGUUUGCCGGCGUGGAUUGUGCCAUCUUUGGGGCUCCUGAGCCCAUGACAAUGGCCCUGUCCGUUCUCGUCGUCAUAGAGAUGCUGAACGCUCUGAACAGCUUGAGUGAGAACCAGUCUCUGGUUGUGAUGCCCCCAUGGAGUAACUGGUGGCUUCUAGGAUCCAUUGCUCUCUCCAUGACCUUCCACUUUAUCAUCCUCUACGUGGAUGUCAUGGCAGCCAUUUUCCAGAUCACACCUCUGAACGUGACGGAGUGGAUGGCAGUGUUGAAGAUCUCCAUACCAGUGAUAAUCUUAGACGAAACGCUGAAGUUUAUUGCACGCAAAUACACUGACGGUAAACUACCGAUUUUUUCCACUUCGGGAAUUGUGCUUAUGUGGGUAGUGUACGGUGGCUACUUGUAUGCCACCUUCCUCCACUAGUGAUACACUUGUUUUUUUUCCUCUUCCUCCUCCUCCCAUUCUGGCGGUGGCCAGCACCGGCACGGGCCAGUUAUCUUCCCCUGCUCUCUCCUUGCUGUGUGAUGUGAACAAGGCUGAUCUGCAGUGUUGAUCCCCUCAAGCAUGUUAAUCUCUCGUGUUCAAACCACAGUUGUACUUCGAUCACCUGUUUUUUUUAUAAGACCCAACAGAUUCUGAUUGUCUUGUCAUGUCCCUUUACAUGGGAGUUUUCUGCAAGUGGAGGCAGAUUUUUGGUGAAGUGGAAAGAUGUACAAGAUUGUGUUUAUGGCCUCAUGACUGGUACACUGGUCAAGGAAGAGGUUAUGGUGCCGGAGUGUUACCUGUAUAUGGUUAGCUGGACAGGUGUAAUUAUUUAUGGAAGUUGUAAUUAAUUUGAAAGAAUCAUACUAUUUGAGCGGCUGAUUUUUAACAGAAGUUAACAAGUUGCUGUUUACAGUUAAAAGUGCUCAGAUGUGCAAACUAUUGAAGACUAUCUUUUGUUUUUAAAUCACAUUAUAGAUAUAAGCCAGUAACUCUGCAUGUUGUCUAUUUAUAAAUGAAUUGUAGUUUGAAAUGUAACAGGAAUCUGCAAAAAAAUUCUUGCACAGGUCACAGAAACUUUCUGCUUAGUACUGGUUUUUCUGUUGCCCUGAGGAAACUUUUUUUUUUUAAUUCAGUGAUGAAAUUACCAUAGCUAUUUCAUAUUUUCUCCGAUCUAUUUUAUUUCUAAUUUUUGGGGUAUUUUGGCUUUUGUUUUUUUUUUCUAUUAUCUUUAUUUUUCCACAUUAAGUACAAAUUGGUUUAGUCAGUUCACUUUCACCUUACUCCAACCUCACCGUUGUGUGGGAUGUUAUGUUCAACUCAUUUUACGUUUGUGUUGCAGUUGUAAGCCCUUCAUCUGUCCCUUACCUCCUACUCCUCACCCUCACUCCAAACAAUCACCAUUUAUACAGUUAGCUCACCUCACACUUGUUGCAUCUUCUGAACCAUGGUUAGGGCCAUCUUUAUUAUGGCAUCUGUAUACGCAUACACAUUUUCAUGGCAUUUCUUUGAUGCAGGGUUUGUGUGAAGUUUUUGUGAGUGUAUUUUAUGCUACUGUACUUUGAAGCCUUUAUCAUUAAUCCAUGUUCUAGUGUGGCAUGUAACCUCCUUAGAUGCCGCUUGUCUGAUUUUAACUGUUUUACUGUAGCCCAGUACUGUGCAAGGACCUGUGAUAACUAGUACUUCUGCUGCAGACAUUUUUUGCGCAUUGUUGUGGAUAUGUAUGAUGCAAGUUAUGCCUGUGAACUUAUUUAUUUCCAGUCAGAUUUUAAAUGUGUCCUCAUGAAAAUUGUUUGUGGAGUCUAUCUUUGACAACUUGUGUGCAUUUACUAGUUGAGUACUGGCAGGUCCAGUGCGGAAUCUGUUAAAACGCUGAUGUAGGCUCACCUGUUUAGAUCCAAGGUCUCAUUCAGCUCAGUGUGAAGUGAAGUGCAAACUGCGAAUGUACAUGGUAAGCUGGUCAAUCGUUGUGUACAUUUCGUCUAUGCGUGUAGCGAGCGAGUCUGCUAAAGGGAAGCUGCAAAACAGUUUGCCAGUUGCACACACUUUAGCCACAACUUGUCCCAUUCACAGUUGUCUUUCCCUGGCAUCGGUAUGCAGCCAUCUUUAUGAGAAAGUGUAAAAUUUUAAUGAACUAUACACAAACUUUCUAGGUAUCUUUUACCAAUCAAACUGACUCUCUUGGUUUUACUAUUAACUUGGAAAGUUGACUACACAUACAGUCGAGAGUAUAAUGUAACUGCAAGGUAUUGUUCACUGAAGGAGUAAGACCAUUGUUGUCAUUACUAACGAGGGAAAAGGGGAAAACUGGUAACUUGUCGGUGUCUGGUAAUCUCUAAGGGUGACAGGUCAGUGUUUUUUGUCAGGAUGACUGGUUCCUUGUGACAGUUAAUGUGUUGAAAUGUUGAAAACGAUAUUGACAGUUGCCCAUGUUCUUUGCCUUCAACUGUUAAUGGGCCUGUCCUGGAAUUUACCUUGGUUAAUUUAAACUGACUGUGAACAUGGGAACAUGUCCCAUGUUAGUAUAGACUUACAAGCAUUAACAUCCAGAAAUUAAAAAAAAGAUAACCCAGUAUAAGCCAAUCAGUGUAGUUUAAGAAAUAACUUUAUACAUGUAUCUACACGAAGAUAACUAUAAAUUACGUGUAGUUUUAGUCGUAACCAUGUCUUAUUUAUCAUUGUUACUUGUUGGGGUAGACUGUUCUGACAAUUUUCUUCAGCAUUGUUGUAAUAGAUGUGUGCUGCGUGUUGUUGGUUUUUUGUUUUUGUGCGAUUCAUAUUGAAACAUGCUCUCACAUUUUCCCCUAGAAAUAGGCGAGAUGUGUUUUGUUUUUUUUGUAAGUUUUGUUAAAGCGCAUCUGUCUGCUCAAGAGAUAUGUUGAUGUACUGAUUGUGUAUAUAUUAGGGAGUGAGCUAUGCAUGUUUUGGGGGGUUUUUUUUUCCAUUGUUUCUAUUUUCUUUUUUGAUACCUGGUACCUCGAAUUUGAAUGGUACCACUGUAAACUACAUUUAUGUCCUGUACUUUUAAAUGGUGUCAGUCUAUCUAAAUGGUGUCAUCUGAACUUCUAAAUGGUGUCACCUAAACUUCUAAAUGGUGUCACCUGAGCCUCCAGUCACCUGUGUGUAUAAAUAGUGUUCACUGGGAAUAAUAAAGCUCUGUGACUGUAACUAACCUCAACACCUGGGUGGGGGAGCAAGGAUGAGACCUCAUUAUUUGUACAUAGAUGUAUCAAUUGUAUUAUGGAAUUCUUUUUAUUAAACAUGGAGAUUUAAAGCAUGGUGUGUUUGUUGGAUUAAUUUUGAAGGAGUGUAUUGAAAACCCUGUUUUCUUUGUCUAACACCAUGUCAUACUAACCCACACUCAAAGCAGUAUGCAAUAAAGAUGCAACAUUUACCCAAAUAACCCAGGUUUGAUGAAAU